AUGUGUUGGAAAGAAACAGUUCAAGGGUCAAGAGAUGUCUUUUUCCCUCCAGGGUUGCCCUUGUGGAAAGAUUACGAGUGCGAGCAACAAGCUGAAACAAGACCAACCCUUGCGCACUGCUUCACAUCAUACCAGACCAACAAGCAGGCAGGCAUGGCGGAACAGUUGGACCCCACGCUUCGCCUACCACGCAUCCUGUGCCUCCACGGCGGCGGCACCAACGCCCGCAUCUUCAAGAUUCAGUGCCGCAAAAUCGCCCACGACCUCCGGGAAGAGUAUCGCUUCGUCUACGUGGAAGCUCCCUUUGCGUCCGAGCCGGGCCCGGACGUGAUGCAAGUCUUUUCCGAGUGCGGCCCUUUUAAACGUUGGCUGCGCUUCGGGCCCACGCACCCGGCCUUGACCCCGCAGGCGGCUGUCGCGGCGCUGGACGGGGCCGUUGAGGCGGCCAUGGCCGAGGACGACGAGCGCGGCGGAUGCGGUGCCUGGACGGCGCUGCUGGGAUUCAGCCAGGGCGCAAAGAUGUGCGCCAGCCUGCUCUACCGCCAGCAGAAUCGCGCAGCAACAGCAGCAGCAGCAGCAGCAGCAACAGGAGCAGUCGAGGCUGCCGAUCCGUCGGCCGUGCGGUUUCGCUUUGGUGUGUUGAUUGCGGGCAGAGGGCCGUUUGUAUCGCUAGAGCCGGACAGCGCGGCGAACGAGUCCCUUCCCAGCGCCGCCGACUUUUCGUCCAUGACGGAAAAGGAGGCGCCGGGCAGGCAUGUUUUGCGGAUACCGACGAUUCACAUGCACGGCUUGCAGGAUCCGGGCUUGCAGGAGCACCGGAAACUGUACCGCGAGUACUGCCACGCCGAAGCUAGAUCGCUGCUCGAAUGGGACGCUGGACACCGCUUACCGGUGAGGUCUGACGAUGUCGCACCGCUGAUUCGGGAAAUACGGCGGGUAGAUGGCGAGACGGCGGCGGCGGCGGCGGCGGCGAUUACGGCAAUAGAUGAGAUGGUGGCUGUUUGA